GUUGCUACUUGUGCUGGUGACAAGUUACCCUAGCUACUCGGCUCCAUAUUUCCCUGUAAACUCCAAGGUUAACGCCGCGCGACAGAACCGGGAAAAAGUCCUGGGCAGCAGCCGGCGUCCCCAUAUUUUCCCCCUCAGGUGGCGGCAACCUAGAAGAACCAGGAAUCUCUCCCUCUUUUGAGCACAGGUGCACUCUGGGGGAGGAUUUGCCAGUCCUUCACAGGGGGCCAGCUGGGUUUAUUCUGAAGCAUGCAGGAGAGCACCGACCCACCACCGUCACUGUCUCAGCUCUUAAGAGAGAGCUACCUGGCAGAGGCCAGAGCCCAGCAGCGCCACAGCGAGAUGAGCCGCUCAGACGCUUCGUCCUCACGCCUCCAGAUCUACGGGUCCCUCAAAGGCAAAGCCGAGGACUCCGUGGGCCACCACGACCCCCAAUUCCCGGACCUCUCAGCCUUCUUGAGCCAAGAGGAGCUGGAUAAGAGCGUGAACCUGGCCUGCCAGGCCAUCGGACAUGAGCCUCGCGAGGAGAGGGCAGAGGUCAAGGCCUCGGUCGUACCGUUGACCUCUUUCUCUGAACCCCCGUCUGCUCCCAUGGCGAGCCCCUCUCCUGCUCCUGUUGCCGCCCCCUCCUCGCUGCCCUUCACCCAGCCACUCCCUGAGUUCAAAGAACUGCCAGCAGCGACACACACAACAUUCACAUCGGACAGAAAGAUGCACAAAGCAUCGGCGCUGCAGGAGAACACGACCAGGAACAGCAGUGACGCCAGUGAGGGAUUCAACGACUUUAACAGGGCGGGGAGGACAGGGGCCCCGUACGGGCCGGAGACCCAGUCCAAGAAGGAGUUCCUCAACAAGGCAGCAGACUUCAUUGAGGAGCUCUCCUCUCUCUUCAAGGCCAACAGCUCCAAGCGGGUUCGCCCGAGAGCGUGCAAAACCCACCGGAGCAGGUCCCAGAACAAGAGCCAGAUCGAUGGGGCCGUUUAUCCCCUCGGCCCAGACAACAGGGAGCGCACCGCCGUGCCCGUGGAGGAGGAGAGGGAGAGACCUGGCCCCGCUGUGAGCCACCAACCAGAGGUCCAGCUGGACUCUGGGAUUGGGCACGUGGAGUUUCAGGACUGCAGGAUUACUGAGGAGCAGCAUUACGACUCUGUUACCCAGGAGGUGGCGGAGGAGGAGGAGGAGGAGGCUGGAAGCUGUGCCCUGACAGAAACUACAUAUCCAGUGGAUCCCGUGUGUGAGCCUCCUCAUUUCAUCCAGAAACUGAAAAGCAGGGAAGUCCCGGAGGGCAGCAACGUCCAGUUAGACUGCAUCGUAAGAGGACUCCCCGUGCCUGAAGUCCGGUGGUUCUGUGAGGGCAAGGAGCUGGAGAACAGCCCCGACAUUCAGAUCGUCACCGACGGAGAGCUGCACUCUCUGAUCAUUGCGGAGGCGUUCGAGGAAGAUACGGGACGCUACUCGUGCUUUGCAUCUAACUUCUAUGGCACUGACUCCACGUCGGCUGAGAUCUACGUUGAAGGUGCCUCCUCUUCGGAUUCUGAGGGAGAACAGCACUACGAACACGUAGCCCAGCUGCAGAGGCAAUCUUUACCUCCGCUAUCGAGCCAAACUCUCUCUGCGGAAGAGGAAGACUCUGCGGCAGCCACCGAGGAGCCGGCAGAGCAGCUAACCAACCAAAUAAUCCCAGAACCUCCUCUACCGGUCCAGACAUCAGUCGCCAUACUUCCAGUGCCAGAGCUCCCUAAAACACCUGUGGCAUCCACAGCUCAGGAGGAGGCAGCCGUGUUCCCUGUCCAGCUGUUUCCUAAUUUGUCUCCCGGUGAUACAGAACUUCCAGAAGGUCCGGAGGUGUCGGCAUCUGUCUCCGUCACAUCCACACCGACAGCAGCAGCCGUAGACACACCUUUGACCUCAGUGGUCUCGUCUCUGCUGCCUGUCCUGGCAACUCCGACGCCCCAACCUGAGAGUCAAACCUCCAACUACAACUAUCUACAAGGGUUGAACGGGCAACCUAUCAUGGCUGCCCCCGUGUUCACAAAGAAUCUGCAGGACCUCCUUACGUCUGAAGGCCAGCUGGUGGUGCUAGAGUGCCGCGUGAAAGGGAUGCCGUCACCUCGAGUGGACUGGUACAGAGAGGGAAAGAUCAUAGACGACUCUCCUGAUUUCAGGAUCCUGCAGAAGAAGCCGAGAUCUCCGGCUGAAUCAGAGGAAAUAUGCACUCUGGUCAUUGCUGAGGUCUUUUCUGAAGAUUCGGGGAUGUUUACUUGCACAGCCAGCAACAAGUAUGGAACCGUGUCCAGCACUGCUACACUGAGGGUCAAAGGCAAUGGCAGCAACAGCAACCAUGUGAGGCCUUUCACCAGUUUAAUGGUGGAGCCCAGUCGAGUCCAAGAACCUUCCCCAUUAGCUCCCACUUUAAUCCCUCAACCAGAGGUUACUGUGACCAACAGCAUCAAGCCCCACUCCAGCACCAUCCGUCUGGACCCGCUCGUCUCUAGCACCCUACGCCUGGACCCCUUAAACACCAGCACCCUCCGUCUGGACCCCCACAGCUCCAGCAUGUUGCGUCCGGACCCCCUCCGCACCAGUCUACCCAGUCUGGAACCAUCCAGCCUGAACAGCAGCAGCUCUGGCCUGAACUCUUGCAGCACCAGCACCCCAAACUUAGACCCUUUCUACCUCCACCAGGGCCCUAAUGGAUCCAGUGGAGCACGUCCAGAACCACAGAGUGGCCCUGUGCUCUCGUACCUGAAACCCUUUGCGUCUCCACCUGUGUUUGAGACUUCAGCUGAGCAGGAAGUGUCCAAACCUUCAGUGACAUCGUCAGACAUGGGCCCCAAAUUUAAGGGGACCCCAAACCAUCAGAACGGGAGCCCCAUCGUGGUGCCCCUCCCCGAUCCCCCUCCCAACUCCUGCCUAAAGACAGGCACCUUGACGAACCACAAAGACUCACGCUCCAGCUCCAGAGUCGGCCUGCGCGUGCACUUCAAACUGCCUGAGGAUGAGGAGGAUGAACAGAGAGACACAUCCAGUCUGUCUGAUGAAGACAUCAAUCAGAUGUCACUCAACAAAGAACCACCACCAGUACGGGCUAAACCCAAACUGGACCCAGCCCAGCUCCAGAUUCUGCACAACCAGGUCCUCAUGGAGCAGCAGCAGGAGACCGAACCUCAGACCCAAACCCACGUCCAGCCUCAGUCCCACCCACCUAUCCAGGUCCAGAUCCAGCCUGAGGUCCAAAGCUCCCACGAAGGUCCACCGUGGUCACCCAGAAUGCAACGUGAACCCAAUCCACCACCUUUCAAGCCCUAUCUUAACACCACGAUGCCCCCGCAGCAGACAACCCACUCUGCACCUCCGCUGACCACCGCCCCCUCUGCCCCAACACUCAACACCACCUUUUCACCCCUCGUAAACACUUCUCCUGCUCCUCCUGUGAGCUCCCCUCCUUCGAUUCCUCAGCUAAAGACUUCCUCACUGGUGACCUCCCCUCCAACUGCCCCACAACUGAAAACAGCUCCUCCUUUCAGUAUAGCUCCUGUAACCCAGAUGAACACCAUCCACGCCUCCUACCUCAACCUGUCCCCCGCAGCUCUUGCCAGAACUGCACCAACACCCCAGUUUUACUCUCCACCUGCACCCGUGUUUAGUACAGCUCCUUCUGAUUCAAUCUCGGCCUUGCAGCAGAUCACAUCUCCCGCUGCUCUUCUGAGAAGCACUCACGCCUCCCUCUUGAACCUCUCCGCCACCUCCAACACCUUCAACUACGCCCGGCCUAAAGAGUUCAUAGCUGCUCAGACCUUCUCACCAGUCAGGAGUCCUUCCCCAACAGAAUCACCAGUCCCUCUGCUCCACGAGCUGGCCGCCGAGCUCAACUCCUCUGCAGCAAGCUCCCCGACUCUCCCGCCAUUCUCCCCACCACCCAGGACCUUCCCCACAAGGGUGCUCAAGUCUCCCACCAGCCCUCCGUCCCUCGUGUCCUCGCCCACACCACUGUCGGCGGCAUUCAUGAACAGCAUGUUCGCUGUACGAGCCCAGUCGCCUCCACAGGCCUCCUCUCCCACCUCCAGCAGCUCCACCCCGAGUCCCAUUCAAAACCCUGUGGCGUUCCUGAGCUCCGUGCUGCCGUCCCUGACCCCGAGUCAGCCCACCAACUCCAUGGGUCUGCCCAGGGGAGCUCCUUUAGGACUAAAAAAGACCGUACCAAAAGUGCGCUUCCAGUCAACUGAAGACAUUCGCGAAAGCAAAGAACUUCUCAUCCACGACAUUGAGAAAAAGCUUCGAUCGAAAGACGAUACUCCGCAAUUUGCACAUCAACAGAAGCUGAGUAUUGAGGGGAAAACAGCGAGCAGACCCCUUGGACCAAACAUUCCUGCUACUGUCUUUAACUAUGAUGAGGAGUACAAAGUGUCCAAUUUUGAGCAGAGACUAAUGAGCGAGAUUGAAUUCCGUUUGGAGCGAACGCCAGUGGAGGAGUCAGACGAUGAGGUGCAGCAUGAUGAUGUCCCGACAGGAAGAUGCAUCGCACCAAUAUUUGACAAGAAACUGAAGAACUUCAGAGCGAUGGAGGGAGUGCCCGUCACGUUGUCAUGUAAAAUAGUGGGAGUCCCUGUUCCAAAGGUGUACUGGUUCAAGGAUGGAAAGCAGAUCUUGAGGAAGAACGUCCAUUACAAGAAGAUAAGAGAGGGGGAUGGGACCUGCGCUUUACAUAUCGAGUCUACGACCAACGAUGAUGAUGGCAACUACACCAUCAUGGCAGCUAAUCCACAGGGACGAAUCAGCUGCUCGGGUCAUCUGAUAGUCCAAACCGGACCUCCCCGAAACCGACUGACACCUAUUCACUCUCAGAGGGUGCGAACCCGCAUACAGGAAGUCGAAAGCGAGCAAACCGAGGAGCGCUUUUUCCGGCCUCACUUCCUCCAGGCUCCAGGGGACAUGUUGGCUCACGAGGGAAGAUUGUGUAGACUAGACUGUAAGGUGAGCGGCCUCCCCAACCCAGAGCUGAUGUGGUUGGUCAACGGGAGGCCAAUCUACCCAGACCUUUACCACAAAAUGUUGGUGCGGGAGAAUGGCAUCCAUUCUCUGGUUAUCGACCCUCUGACGCAGAACGACGCCGGCACGUACACGUGUAUUGCAAGCAACAAAGCCGGGCAGAGUUCCUUUAAUCUAGAACUGAAAGUUGUGGAGAAAGAGAUGAAGCACCCUCCCCAGUUCUUGGAGAAGCUGCAGAACAUGGGUAUUCCUGAGGGAACCCCAGUCCGGCUGGAGUGUCGGGUUGUAGGUAUGCCUCCUCCGGUUAUCUUCUGGAAGAAAGACAAUGACACUAUUCCUAAAACUAAGGACAGAAUCAGCAUGACCCAGGAUGCAACAGGAUAUGUGUGUCUCCUCAUCCAGCCAACAAGAAAGGACGAUGCUGGCUGGUACACGGUGUCAGCAAAAAACGAAGCUGGAAUUGUAUCCUGCACCUGCAGGAUUGAUAUCUAUGCACAGUGGCAUCAGAGCAUCCCCGCACCCAUGAAGAAGGCUCAGCGCACAGGCAGCCGCUACGCAGCUCUGACGGGCCAGGGGCUCGACAUCAAGUCGGCUUUCCCCACAUCGGACACCAGCCCCAUCCUGUUUUCCAGCUCCCCUCCUGAGGUCAUGCUAGAGAGCGAGGAGCUGUGAGCGAGUCUGCAAACACUCCAGCAUGGUGACCCCCCCCUCCCCCUCCCUUACAGAGGCCUCGCUCUGUGACCUCCAACGCGAGGAGAGUGCGAUGAGAAGAAUGAUGAUCUGAGCAGAUUGUCGUGAUUUGUGUGAUUGCAUUUUGAAGUGAUACAUUCAGAGUAGAAUGGCAAAUAAUUACUGUGUUAAAGCUAUCGGCACUGAUAGAGGGUUUUUGUCACCAUUCCUAUUUACUCAAGUCAUAUGAAAGAGUGUUUCACAUACAGAUUUUACAAAGUCUUAGCUCAUGAGCCAUCAGUGGAGUUGAAUAGGUUUGUUUGUUGUUUUCUACAUCAUAUUCAGCUCCAAUAGUGAGAUUGUGGCUGAGUGUUGGUAGCGUCGGUUCUUAAAGUGGUACUAGCCACCAAUAUAUAUACCUGAACUGGUAGUAAUAGCUUCUUUUAAAGGUUUAUAUAAAAAAAAGUAGUUAUAAAUUAUUGUUUAUUAAUAAUCAGAGAUAGUUUAUUAGACAUUUGAAUGUCCCAUUUAGAUCUAUUUAUUUAAAUGGCUCCAGCAAAGUGAGAUUCUUUCUACAUUUAAUUAAAUCCUUUCUCGACGUUCAUCACUGGUUCACAUUUUUGCACCAUGUUUUUUUCAUGUGCAUGCCAACGUACAACUUAACGAACACACUGUGUCUGCUCAUAAACAGUAAUAAUAAUAAGCUGUUAGGUGAGUCUCAUUCAUGGUUAGUUGUUCACACACAAACACUUUCUUUGAAUUUUUUGUUUUGAUGUCCGGUUUUAAUUAAUGUAUCAUCAGAAGAAUGAGUCAGAUUAGGCAAAAAAAAUCUAUAUUUUGACUGUUGGCUUUGCUUUAAAAUGACACCGAACAAGUCAAAUGUACCCUGCAAAUGUUAUUACUAAAGUCAGUUUGAAAACAUGUUGAAGAAAAGUUUAAAAGCACAUACUCGACUGAUGUAAAGUUGCACAUUGUAAAAUAGUUUUGUCCUUCUCAGAAUAAAGUUAUAUUUAUUCAAACGA